AUCGAUUUCAGUUUCAAAAUGCCAACGGACAAAAUUCUAAGCAAUCGACUUAAUUUACAAUCAAGCAAUUUGCAGACAAAGGAAAAGGUGGAAGACUCCGCUUACAAUAAAGACUGUGAUGAGGUUGGAUACUAUGAACUAUCGAUUCUUCCGCCGCCGCAUUAUCGAUCAGUUGGAUCCCCCAAUGUCAUACCUUAUCGGUGUAUUGGCAGAAAUCUUAACCACAUCAUAUUAAGGUGUGUUCUGUCCAUAUUUGUGGUCUACUUACUAUUGCACUUGGUUCAACACUCUGAAGUAAUUAAAUCAGUUGAGAAAUCAAAUGGAUAUGCUAUUCUUAUUUGGAAUGAAGAUGAGGUUCUUCCUGGUUGGGAUCAUCUGCAAUGCGGCUGUGUGGUGACCAGUAAUCGUGAUUACGACAAAAGAUCAAUUGAUGCUGUGGUCGUCUAUUCGCAUAUUCCUUAUUCGCUAACGGGGCUGGAGAAGAUUAGACAUACGCCAGAUUAUCUCGUGGUAUUUGCUGCCACACAUCCUCUGAGUCUUGCCCAGAAUCCACUGUAUGCACAUGGUGAUUCAGUCUUUAACUUUACGAUGAGCUAUCGCCUGGACUCGGAUCUGAUCUGGACAAAUUAUUAUUUCUCAACUCACAGCCAGAAAGAUGAACGGGUGCAGAAAUUUGAUCCACAAGAAGAGCUCAUUUUGGAUGAGCUGCCGAUACAACUCCAGUUAAAAUUGCGACAACUGCUAGCGAAGAAGCAAUUUUCGGUGGUAUACAUGAUGUACGAUGUAAAUGAUUAUACACUGCCCGAAAGCCUCUAUCUAGAGGAGCUGCGUCAAUAUAUCGACCUUGAUGCCUAUGUCAGCUGCUAUGGCUACCAAGACUGCUCACACUACAAGUUUAUGCUGAUCUUUGAUCCUAGCUCCUGUCCGGACUAUGUGCAUCCACAGUUUUACAUGGCACUGGAUAACUUUGUGGUGCCCGUUUUGAUUGGUGGCAGCAAUCUAACCAACCUUGCACCACCUGGCUCCUACAUAAGCAGCUCAGAAUUCAAUUCACCCAAGUGCUUGGCAGAGCAUCUGAACAAACUGGCAAAGGAACCGCAACUGUAUGAGCAACUUUUCUGGUGGCAUUUAAAGUAUCAGCUUCAGAAGAUUAGGCAACCUUACUGCACACUCUGUCAUCAGUUGCGUCGGAUACAGCGACGACAGCGACGACAGCGCCAACCUGACAUGUUUCGACAUUGGUGGACUCAAUACCAAUGCUCGAAUCGUACCAACCGACUGGGCUGGUCCCCCAAAUAAUGUUGAGCCUGUUUCCAACACAAUCAUAAUUAUCGCUCGCCAAAUUGGCCAAGUUAAAUAUUUUUAUUCCAUGGAAUUUCGGCGGCACUUCAUUGACCUCGUCGCCGGCUUUAGAGCUAAUAAUUAUACCCUAACUUUGUCAUACAGCCUACCAUUCUAACUAAAUUUUAGCAUAUUAUUUCUUACUAUAAAAUAUUUAAAAAACUGUCUUUUGAUUCGUUUAAAAAUCAUAAGA